AUGGAUGGAAAAGUUGCACUGGUUUUGCUGUCCCUUUCUUGUAUCAUAUCAGACGCCAGAGUCUUGGAGCGCAUCCUGUUGGAAGACGCAGUGGAAGGCGGUGCUGUGUGCCUGGACGGCUCUCCACCCGGCUAUGUGAUCGGGAAGGGGAGCGGGAGCGGCGCGGACAAAUGGAUCGUCCACCAAGGAGGCGGCGGUUGGUGCUCCACCGUAGAGGAGUGCCUGCUGCGAACCAAGACGUUGUUUGGGUCGUCUGGUCUGUGGCCCGAGACUUUCCAUUUUGGGGGCAUCUUCUCCGACAAUGAGACGGUAAACGGAGAGUUCUACAACUGGAACGUUGUCUACCUUGGCUACUGCGACGGAGGCGGCUUCUCUGGUUCUCUUAAAGAUCCAGUCGUGGUGAACGCCACUACACUAUACUUCAGGGGCCUGCCAAUAUUUCUGACACUCGUGCAGCAUCUACUGGACAUUGGAAUGGAGAAUGCAACAGACAUUAUUUUGACUGGAUGCUCAGCUGGGGGUGUGUCUACCUUCCAGCAUGCAGACCUCAUGUCAACUCUUAUUCCUGCUGGUGCUAAUUACAGGGCAAUGGCAGAUGGAGGGUACAUUCCAAAUGUGAAUAGUAUUAAUGGGCUAGGAUCAUUCGGUGACUAUAUGAAAUUGGUUCAUGCUCUUCACAAUAUGAGUGGAGGUUCGGACCAGGACUGUAUUGAUAACUACAGUACAGAUGAGGAGUGGAAGUGCUCACUCGCUCCCUACGCAGUUGGAUUUCUCAAGACCCCAAUAUACAUCAUCAAUUCCAUCUACGAUGAAAUCAUAUUGGACCUAAUCGUCGGCCUUAAAUGCCUUCCUCCAUCAGAUUGCAGUGAAGAAGAUACUAAAAUCUUUGAGAAUUACCGAACGGAGUUUCUGGCCCAGCUAGCUCCGGCGGUGAACUCAUCUGCGGGGAUAUUUGCCGACUCAUGUGUGAUCCAUUGUCAGACGCUCAUGGAUGAGCCGUGGUCCACUUACUCCAUUGACGGCAAGACCACCAGGGAGGCCUUUGAGGAGUGGUAUUUUGAGAAAGGCAGUGGUGAUCAUCAGAGGAUUGACUGUCCCUUCCCCUGUAACCCCUCCUGUCCUCUGGAGAGCCCCACUACUGGCACUAGCAGUAGUGGUGUAGUAGGAGACGGCUCGGUCCCGGGUUAUUUUAUUGGUAAGGGAAGCGGGAGCGGCGCCAAUAAGUGGAUCCUCCACCAGGAGGGCGGAGGAUGGUGCUAUGACACCGCAGACUGCUACAACCGCAGCAAGACCGCCCUCGGCUCUUCCAACUACUGGAUAGACAAAAUCACCCUUGGUGGGAUCUUCUCGGACGAGGAGUCGGUCAAUGGGCAGUUUUACAACUGGAAUGUAGUGUUCAUGGGCUACUGUGAUGGGGGGUCCUUCGCUGGUUACAGGAAGGAUCCAGUUGUAGUUAAUAGGACUAACCUGUACUUCAGGGGCAAGCUAAUUUUGGAUGCACUUGUUAAACAUCUGCUUAGCAACGGAAUGGAAGAUGCUACAGAUGUCAUUCUGACAGGAUGCUCAGCUGGUGGGCUGGCCACUUAUCUGCACGCUGAUUAUGUGCCUACUCUACUACCAGAUGGAGUCAACUACAAAGCCAUGGCUGAUGCAGGAUAUUUCCUGAACAUCCCAAAUGUCCAAGGUGUCAUGUUGUACGAGUUCUACAUGCAGGCUGUCAACACUCUUCACAACAUGACUGGAGGCUCAAACAAAGACUGUGUAGCUCAUUACCAGGAUGUAGAAGAAUGGAAAUGUGUAUUUGCUCCGUACACGUUUCAGUUCAUCAAAAUGCCACUGUUUAUACUCAACUCUCUCUACGACACGGCCCAGCUGAAUAGUAUCUUGGGACUCAAGUGCCUCCCUCCAAACUGUGAUGCCGAACAGAUGAAAUUCUUUGACAACUUCAGAACUCAAUUUCUGGAACAACUGGCCCCAGCUAGGGGAUCGUCCUCCACGGGGAUAUUUGGGGACUCUUGUCUGAUCCACUGCCAGACUCUGGAGGACACACCCUGGGCCACGUAUGCUGUAGGAGGACAGACCAUGAGAGAGACCUUUGAGGCCUGGAACCUGUCGCUGGUGCUACUGGAUAAUGCCUCCAGCGAGGGAGCCGUUUGCCUGGACGGCUCGGCUCCGGGUAUAUACAUCGGGAGAGGGAGCGGGAGCGGCGCUGACAAGUGGAUCCUUCACCAGGGAGGCGGCGGGUGGUGCUACAGCGACCAGGACUGUCUCGAGCGAAGCAGGACAUGGUUCGGCUCAUCCCGUCCCUGGAACAGCUCCGUGGAGGUCGGCGGCAUAUUCUCGAACAAUCAGAGCAUCAAUGGCGAAUUCUACAACUGGAACGUGGUUUAUCUCAUGUAUUGCGACGGAGGCUCCUUCUCCGGCUACAGAGAAGAGCCAAUUGUUGUUGGAGGAACAAAACUCUACAUUAGGGGGAAACCAAUACUACUUGCUAUAAUUCAGCACCUCUUACAAAACGGAAUGAAAGACGCGACUGAUGUAAUAUUGACUGGAUGUUCAGCUGGUGGUCUGGCCACCUACCUGCAUGCUGAUAUGAUUCCUGCGCUCCUGCCAAAGAGAAUCAAGUUUAAAGCGAUGGCUGAUGCAGGUUACUUCUUGGAUAUUCCAACUGUCACUGGAGAAAUGUGGUUUCGUGAGUACAUGCAAGCUAAAUUCCUAGCUCAACUGGAACCAGCCUUCAACUCGUCCUCCACGGGAAUAUUUGGGGACUCUUGUCUGAUCCACUGCCAGACUCUGGAGGACACACCCUGGGCCACGUAUGCUGUAGGAGGACAGACCAUGAGAGAGACCUUUGAGUCCUGGUAUUUCCAGACUCGUGCAGACUACAGGGAGGUGGACUGUCCUUUUCCCUGCAACCCGACCUGUCCAGCUAGUCUGGAGACGCCAGUCGGUGGGCAGAGUCCCGAGUUUAGCAUCCCUCCUCCACCAGCUAACUGCACACCUUAUAACGCGAACGAAGCAGACAACGUAAAGGGGAGAGAGACGAUGGCGGGUCGGGAAGCGCACAGUGAGAGCGAGGAUUCUACCUCCGAGACGGGGCAUCUCUUCGCGAGCCCUAAUGACGAGGGAACGAGACGAGGGAGGAGAGGAGGGGAGAGGCCUGCCCUCCAGCGACGUCUCUAUCGUUUCAGGUGGUGCGGGAGCCGAGGUGCGCUGAUGGUGCUGGCCUGGAACUUCCUGGUGUUCAGCUACCAGUACAAGAUAGUGAGCAUUCUCUUGGAGCUCUUUCCCGGCUACCGCGAGUGGAGCCCCUGGAGAAAGAUGAGUGCAUCUCUCGGUCUGGACUUCUCCCUGCCCCUCCUCCUCUACCCGCUCGCUGGCUGGCUGGCAGACGUAAAGCUGGGCAGAUACCGAGUCCUGAAAGCCAGUCUCUGGAUCCUGUGGGCCUCUGCCGUUGUCUUGCUCGUCUACCUCCUUGUGAAGGAGGCCUAUACUUUCCAGGUUCUUUCAGCAGACAGACAGUACAUCCUGAUACUACCUAUAGGGAUCAUAUACAUAGGGAACACCCUGGGCCUCGCUGGUUUUCAAGCCAAUAUAAUCCCAUUUGGCAUCGACCAGAUGGAGAACGGCUCAGCCGAGCAAUACAGCUCUUUCAUACACUGGUACUACUGGACCCGCAACUUUAACGUCGGACUUGUUCUGGACUACUUCCUCCACUCUGUGAUAAACCCAUGUCCAAAGUCCCCAGAGGACCUCUCGUGGCUCAGACUGGUUGUUCUACUAGGGGAAGUUGGUCUACUUAGUCUGGCUCUCUUCCUGGACAUGUUUUUCUCCCAGGCACUGGUAAAGGAACCCCAGGCAAUCAACCCCCUGAAGACAGUGGUGAAAGUCACGGGGUUUGUUGUUCAUCAUGGCAAGCCAGUGGGUCAGCGCAGCGCCCUCACCUACGAGAGAGGCUACUACUCUCGCUCGGAUCUCGCAACCAUUCCCUACGGAGGACCGUUUGAAGUCGAAGAUGUAGAAUCCGUCAAGACUUUCUGGAGAAUGAUCGUCUUCCUGGGAGCCGUGUCAUCUGCUAUCAUCCCCAUCUACACCGUAAAUGAAGAACUGUCCACUCUUGUUGGACCUCACCUACCUGCUGACCGAUGCCCUCUCACUUACUUUGUGUUGAAUGUGGCAAAUCCACUGAUCUUUGCCGUUGUUUUGCCACUCCACGAGCUAGUGGUAUACCCAGUCUUCCACAAGUACAUCCUGUCAAUGAUGAGAAGGGCUGUGGUGGGAUAUGUGCUGGGUGUGGCAGCUGUAAUUGGAGCAACAGUCGUUGCAAGUGUUUCGAGCAGGUCGUUUUGCUCGUUCUUCACGGAACAAGGAGAGUUUUCUGGCCUCCACGAGUGGAUGGUCUUUGUACCAGUCCUUGUGUCCACGUUCUCAGAGAUGCUGAUAUUUAUACCAGCUUUCGAGUUUGUGUGUGCCCAGUCUCCCUACAACAUGCGUGGACUCCUCAUCGGACUCUUCUAUGCAAUGAUGGGCCUAGCUGCAGGUCUGUCUGCCCUUCUACUCCUCCUUUUUGCCGAGAUCUUCGCAGGAAACACCGAGGAGCACGGCUUCUUCAAGUGUGACUCUUGGUUCAAUGUUGUCAUUCUUCUCCUGACCGUCGGGGGGUGUGUGCUCUUCUGUGGUGUGGUAAAGUGGUACAGGAAGAGGGAGAGAGACUACCUCGGGAGGGAGUACGUCAAUCACAGAGCCUUACUGGAAGCCUAUUACGACAGAUCUAAAUAG